AGCAGCGAGGCGGCGGCGGUGGCGGCGGCGGCGGUGGCUGAGUUGGUGGUGGCAGAGGAGAAAGCGACAGCUCCAGCGGGUGGUAGCGGCCCUGAGAGCAGGAUGCGGGUCUGGGUUGGGCUGACGUUGCUGCUCUGUGCGGUGCUGCUGGGCUCGGCCUCCGCGUCCUCGGAUGAAGAAGGCAACCAGGAUGAAUCCUUAGAUUCCAAGACUUCUUUGCCGUCAGAUGAGUCGGUAGAGGACCAUAGUCCAGCAGGCAGAGUAGUCGCUGGUCAGAUAUUCCUUGAUUCAGAAGAAUCAGAAUUGGAAUCACCUAUUCAAGAAGAGGAAGAUGGCCUCAGAAGCCAAGAAGGGGAAAGUGCCACAGAAGAAAUCAGCUUUCUAGAAUCUGCAAAUCCAGAAAACAAGGACUAUGAAGAGCCAAUGAAAGUACGGAAACCAGCUUUGACUGCCAUUGAAGGCACAGCACACGGGGAGCCCUGUCACUUCCCUUUUCUGUUCCUGGAUAAGGAAUAUGAUGAGUGUACCUCAGAUGGGAGGGAAGAUGGCAGAUUGUGGUGUGCUACAACCUAUGACUACAAGGCAGAUGAAAAGUGGGGCUUUUGUGAAACUGAAGAAGAGGCUGCCAAAAGACGGCAAAUGCAGGAAGCGGAAAUGGUGUACCAGACUGGGAUGAAAAUCCUCAAUGGAAGCAAUAAGAAAAGCCAAAAAAGAGAAGCAUAUCGGUAUCUUCAAAAGGCAGCAAGCAUGAACCAUACCAAGGCCCUGGAGAGAGUGUCCUAUGCUCUUUUGUUUGGUGAUUACCUGACACAGAAUAUCCAGGUGGCUAAAGAGAUGUUUGAGAAACUGACUGAGGAAGGUUCUCCCAAGGGACAAACUGCUCUUGGCUUUCUCUAUGCUUCUGGACUUGGUGUUAAUUCAAGUCAGGCAAAGGCCCUUGUUUAUUAUACUUUCGGAGCUCUUGGGGGCAACCUAAUAGCCCACAUGGUUUUGGGUUACCGCUACUGGGCUGGCAUUGGGGUCCUCCAGAGCUGUGAAUCUGCACUGACUCAUUAUCGUCUUGUUGCUAAUCAUGUUGCUAGUGAUAUCUCACUGACGGGAGGCUCAGUAGUACAGAGAAUACGGCUGCCUGACGAGGUGGAAAAUCCAGGAAUGAACAGUGGAAUGCUUGAAGAAGAUUUGAUUCAGUAUUACCAGUUCUUAGCUGAAAAAGGUGAUGUGCAAGCACAGGUUGGUCUGGGACAGCUGCAUCUGCACGGAGGCCGUGGAGUAGAACAAAACCAUCAGAGAGCAUUUGACUACUUCAAUUUAGCAGCUAAUGCUGGCAAUUCUCAUGCCAUGGCCUUCUUGGGAAAGAUGUAUUCAGAGGGAAGCGAUAUUGUACCUCAGAGUAAUGAGACAGCUCUUCACUACUUUAAAAAAGCUGCUGACAUGGGCAACCCAGUUGGACAGAGUGGGCUUGGAAUGGCUUACCUCUACGGGAGAGGAGUUCAAGUUAAUUAUGAUCUGGCACUGAAGUAUUUCCAGAAAGCUGCUGAACAAGGCUGGGUGGAUGGGCAGCUACAGCUUGGCUCCAUGUACUAUAAUGGCAUUGGAGUCAAGAGGGAUUAUAAACAGGCCUUGAAGUAUUUUAAUUUAGCUUCUCAGGGAGGCCAUAUCUUGGCUUUCUAUAACCUAGCUCAGAUGCAUGCCAGUGGCACAGGUGUAAUGCGAUCGUGUCACACCGCAGUGGAGUUGUUUAAGAAUGUAUGUGAACGGGGCCGGUGGUCUGAGAGGCUCAUGACUGCCUAUAACAGCUAUAAAGAUGGUGACUACAAUGCCGCAGUGAUCCAGUACCUCCUGCUGGCGGAGCAAGGCUAUGAAGUGGCACAAAGCAACGCAGCCUUCAUUCUCGAUCAGAGAGAAGCAACCAUCGUAGGUGAGAAUGAAACUUAUCCCAGAGCUUUGCUACACUGGAACCGGGCCGCCUCACAAGGCUAUACUGUGGCUAGAAUUAAGCUUGGAGACUACCAUUUCUAUGGAUUUGGCACUGAUGUAGAUUAUGAGACAGCAUUUAUUCAUUAUCGCCUAGCAUCUGAGCAGCAGCACAGUGCACAAGCUAUGUUUAACCUGGGAUAUAUGCAUGAGAAAGGACUAGGCAUUAAACAGGAUAUUCACCUUGCAAAACGUUUUUAUGACAUGGCAGCGGAAGCCAGCCCAGAUGCACAAGUACCAGUCUUCCUAGCACUCUGCAAAUUGGGUAUUGUCUAUUUCUUGCAGUACAUACGGGAAACAAAUCUUCGAGAUCUGUUCACCCAGCUUGAUAUGGACCAGCUUUUGGGACCUGAGUGGGACCUUUACCUCAUGACCAUCAUCGCAUUGCUGUUGGGGACAGUUAUUGCUUACAGGCAGAGGCAGCACCAGGACAUGCCUGUCCCCAGGCCUCCCGGGCCACGGCCAGCACCACCACAGCAGGAGGGGCCGCCCGAGCAGCAGCCACCACAGUGACCCACGGCGGCCAGCCUUGACCAGUGACAAACAAGGAAAUCGUUUACCAAGAACACUUGCAUUUGAUUUAGGACUUUGGAUCAGUGGCCACCUCCUGGAAGAGGCACAAGGAAGCAUUGAAUUCCUCAAGCUGCUUAGAAUCUGAUGCCUUUAUUUUCAGGGAUAAGUAACUCUUACCUAAACUGAGUUGAAUGUCCGUUUCAGUGCCGUAUGGAAUAACAACUCUCAGUGGCUCCCCUGCCCCCCCUUUUUUUUUUCCUGGAAACAUGUGAGACACUCAAGGUAAUGUCUGCUGUGUCCAGCUAUCUUUCUUGGGUCCUUUUGGUCAUUCUUUCAAUGUGCAUAAGUUCUGUCAACCAUCUUUAAGGUCUCAUGCGUCGACACUAAAAACUGAUGGAUGUAAAAAGGAAAACCCAGUUAGUUGCAGAUUUAACCUUAACAUGUUUGAAAGCCUGAAAAUAGAACUUGCGUUUUAAGUUAAAAAAAAAAGUCUUCAGAGUGUUUCAGAACUGCGUUAACCGAGGAACUUUUACCAGGCCACAUGCAAGUAUACGUAUUCAGCAUAUUUGUUACUUUAAAAGGCAAGGUUGGGAGGUUUCUUACUGUUGGUGAUUGUCAUACUUUAUACCAUACUUCUCUCCUUCAAAGACGGAAAGGCCAUGUUAAAGAGUUUUAUGUGAACUUCAUUUCCUUGGAAUGGAAUAUAUAGAAAACAUUGUGAACUGACUUCUUGAGCUAACACGUGAACUUGCCCCAAAUUACUCAAUGUAAUUUGCUUGCUUGUUUUGAGUAUACAGAGCCUUUAUCUGGAAGCCAGAGGAUGGACUAAAGGGGAGAGAUUAGGAAACAAUAUUGAAGAACUCUGAGUGGGAUACCAGGAUCACAGACACACUUUCCCAAAAGUUGAAGCAUUUGUUCCCAGGAUUUAUUUUACUUUGCAUUUCUUAUUGCAAAAGAACAGACCACC